AUGAGCGCCGGACCGUCACUGAGAGUUGGCGCGGGGCGUGCGGGGGUGGGGAGCGGCCGAGCCGAGCGGCGGCGGGGACUGCCGAGCGCGGCCGAGCGGCGGCAGGCGGCUUGCGGCCGGCAGUUCCCCGGCCAGUGUGCGGUGCGACGCCACGCCGGGAGGAUGCGCGCGCUGCUGGUGCUGCUCUCGGCCGCGGCGGUGGCGAGCUGCUGGGGGCAGGCGUGCCCGCCGGCCGGCCUCGUGGUCUACAAGGUGGUGCUGCACACCUUCUGGACGCGCGACCGCUUCCCCAAGCACUACCCGGACUGGCGCCCCGCGGCGCAGUGGUCCCGCCUCGUGGGUCGCUCGCACGACGCCUCGUACGCGCUGUUCCGGCUGGGGCAGCGCGUGGGCGCGGCGGCGCGCCAGCUCGCCGAGACGGGCGGCUCGCAGCUGCUGCAGGACGACGCCCAGGGCGCCGCCGGGCUGCUGGACGCCUUCUCGGCGCCCGCCGUGGCGCAGGGCGCCGGCCGCGCCGAGGCCGAGUUCUUCCUGGACGGCAACCACUCGCGGGUAUCUCUGAUGUCGAAGAUAGUCCCCUCGCCCGACUGGUUCAUCGGCGUGGACAGCCUUGACCUGUGCGUCGAGGGCAGCUGGGUGGACAGCGUCACCGUGGAGGCGGACCCUCUGGACGCUGGCACCGACAACGGCUUCACCUUCACGGCCCCCAACUGGCCCACCGAGCCUCAGGGCGAGGUGUACAAGGUGACCAGCCGCUACCCCUCGCACCGCGCCGGCUCCUUCUACUACCCCUACAAGAGACACCUGCCGCCCAUCGCCACCUUCCAGUUCAUCAAGAGGAGGACGUACGAGCUGGCCGAGAGCUUCCAGCACUCGCAGGACGAGCGACACUACGACGUGGUGGGCGCCGAGGACGCGGCGGCCCACCGCGACAACAGCCUCGACAACGAGAUCCAGGCCGAGAUGGAGGUGGAGCGCGCGCAGCAGGAGGCGGCGGCCGGCGCCACCGGCUCCACCGGCGCCACCAGCACGGCCGCGCCGCAGCUGCCCGGGCCCGUGCGCAAGGGGGACAAGUCGGCCAUCCUCAACAGCAUCGUGCAGACGUACCGCGCGCGGCGCAAGGGCCUGCGCAAGCCCAGGAAGCACCCCCGCAAGACGCGCCCGCCGCGGGACUGCCGGGCGGGCGACUGGUCGGCGUGGAGCGCAUGCAGCAGGUCGUGUGGCAUCGGGGAGAUGCGGAGGACGAGGGAGGUGGUGAGGUUCGCGCGGCGCGGCGGCAAGGCCUGCCCGCCGCUCGUCGAGACCAAGUGGUGCGGCAGCGCGCGGGCAUGCGCGCACAGCUACUUCGACUGGUAGAGGCGGCAUCCCCCCGGCUCGACGCCAGUGCGCUCUGCCGAGACACGCGACCGUCGCCGCGGGAGACCGUCCGAGCACGCAGCAGGUGUUCAAACUGAAAAACCUUUACACCUGGCUCGCAUCUUGAACAGCUGACGGACGAAUGGAACCAUUGGUAAAUGUUCAAAUCUCCCACCGGAAUCCACGUGUGGAUCCGGUACCUGGUUCCAUCGGGCACCACCAGUACCGGUUCACAUUGAUGAACACUGCGGAACGUGGACCGUGUCAUGGAACUCGGGUGUGUAUAAAUUGGGUAUUUUAAGAGCGCAUGCACACGUGUUGCUAUCUUUUAGGACCUUAAAACAAUUUUAUAAAAUAGAUGUAUGAAUUACUGGUAAAUUCCGAAGUGAAAAUCUUUAUGUACAAAAUUGCAAAUCUAAAUUCUUAAUGGAAAAAAAAAAAGAUGGAAACCCAAUAUAUGUUAGUUACAAGUGCUCAGCCCAAUGAAGUGGCAGUAUCGAAAUAUGUGUGUGUGUCCAUGCCAGACACUGUGUGAUAACUGAUAACACAUUAGCUGAAAGAGCACUUCAGCAUUAGCAGCUUGUUUAAACAAAUACAUGAAGUGAUCCCAUCCAUGAUCACACAAUACACUAAGUUUAAUUUCCAACUGAGUAAGUAGUUGCACACAUGUAUCAGAGUUGUAAACAGUGAUUAAGACAUGGUUAAAAAAGCUCUGCAUCAAAUUUUUUUACAAUACUGUAUUAAUAAUUAGUUGGUAAGUAGCUAACGAUAAGAAAAUUAACUAGGGCUGUGUGAAAUCCUAACAUUCAGAAAACAUGUUAUGUAAUGUUUUGUCUUUCUGGUGUUAACAGCAAAAAUAUUAGCAUACAAAAGGUUUUAUAUUACCUUGUUUAUGUUUUUUGCCAUUAUUUUAUACAUUUAAUGACUUGCAUACACAAGAAACAAAAAAAAAAAUGUAUCACGCAGAAUGAGCAAUCUGUUUGAAUCUAUCGUCAGCUUACUUCUAAAACCUCGUAAGUCAGAUUUUCCCAGUUUUAUAUUCCGGAUGUGUUUCGUGUAUUUUUUUCAUUUUUUCAUAGUGCAUAUGCUGAUAAAGCCUCGUAAGUCAACUCUACUAAGUCUCUUUUCUAUUCACAAAUUAUAAAAACUUGUAUCUUUGUCAGUCGAAACUGUGGUCCAAAAGCUCAUAAGUUCUCCUGUAAAAUAGACUGAAAUGGAGUUACGAGGUUUUAGAAGUAAGCCGACGCUAUGAAACUAAGAUAAUUAAGUUCAUAAGAGUUGCAAUUGUUAUAGCACCCUUGAUUCAAACCUCCUGCACAGUCCAAGAAUAUGUGUUACAAAAUUUAUUUCUUAACUUACACAUUUAUGAAAAGUAUAUUAAUUAGAGUUGUAAAAAUCAAAUAUCUUGUGACUAUGCAUACAAGUCAAACAAAAUAGAAACUUUAUUUAGAAUGGGUAACAUAUGUUGUCCUGCUAUAGGUAGAAUAUCUUAUGAUGACAACAUUAAACCUACACAGUAACAAAUUUUAUAAUGGUUGCAUAAUGUAGCUUAACUCGAAGUCAGACAUUUGUGUUCACAGACAAGCAAAACGAUACAAUCUGCUAGUGCCACUUUACAAUGUGAGAAAGAAUUUCCAUGAAAUAAUGACCUGCAAAAAAUGUUGAUUACUACUGUAUAAAGCACACAUAAUGGAUCAUUCAUUAUCUACUUCACGAUAAAGAAACAGCGUUCAUAUUUUUUUGCCAUCGUGUCUUACUAAUGGCCAUUGAUUGGGGGAGCUUGCAGCAUCUGUCAUGUCGAUAGCUUAGUAUCUUACCUCCAAAAUAAUCACUCCCCUAUUUGUUUGUUUGUAAUGGAUGCUGUUAGGUGAAAGCAAAACUGUGUAUGGGUCGGUUAUGUGCAUGUCAUGCAAAACUAUCUUUUUGACUAUCAUCUCUGCAGCUGCUGCCAAAUGAAUACUGACCCAACACACUUCUGUCACUAACGGUGGCUCUAGUGUGCUGCAGCCAUAAAGUUUUGUAUUUUGAUCAAACUGUGUUAAUUACUAUGUCAUCUUGUGUGUAGACAGAUUUUCAGAGCUGAAAUGUGGAAAUAAAAUAUUUGUACAGAA